AGUGCUGCAUUCAAGUACUUGUGAAUUUAACUUGCAACCUUACUAUGGAAGGAUCUGCGUAACCCUUUCAGUUUCAUUUAUCCGAAACCAGGAAUCGCUCUCGCUAAGAAGAUCGAGGUCAGCCAUUCUUUAGCAGUAACUACAUGUUAUUUCGCUAAGCGGGUGAAACCUGUUUCAGGAUGACUUCAGUUAUCUCUAAAUUCAUCAUUAAGACCCUGUGCGACCACCAGGGAUGUUUGGACUUCCAGCGCCUGGAUGAGACUAUCGCGCAGAAUUUCACUGUUGCGGAACCAGUCAUGCGAAGUGUUCUCUUCGACGACGGUAAAAUAGCCAUUAAACCAGGCAAAGAGAAGGUGACUGGUGGUCAAAUAAUUAGCUCGGAUAGUCUGGUCGUGGCCAAAACUAGUCUGCGAAUCUGUCAGAAAAAACCCGGAGAGUGCCCGCAGUGUGAUAGUUUACACCUGUGCAGGUAUUUUGUCUGCGGGGACUGCACCUAUGGACAGAAGUGUAAAAAUCCCCAUAGUCUGGCUUCUCCAUACAAUGCAGAGCUUUUAAAGAAACAUGGUCUUCAGGACUUGACGGAAAAACAGCUGUUCCAGCUGUUACUGCAGAAUGAUCCAUGGCUGCUUCCUGAGAUAUGCCCACAUUACAACAAGGGCAGUGGUUUGCAUGGUUCCUGCAAGUUCAGCACCACCUGCAUCAAGCUUCACAUCUGCCAGCACUAUUUCCAGGGUGACUGUGUGUUUGGCACUUCCUGUAAGAGAGCCCAUAAUAUUGAUGCACAAGAAACGAAGAUUUUCCGCGGAUUCAGUCAGGAGAAUAUAAGAAACCUUCAUGAGAUCUACAGAAAUAAAUUCAUCAUCAUGGGUCAAUGGGCUACUCCUGUUCCUGUGACGCCAAAGGUGAGAAUCCCCAUUCAGCAGCCUUCCCACCAGGCUUCCCACAAGGCCUCCAAACAGCCUUCCCAAGGCAACCCUGGAUCUCCCACCAGUUCUGCUUGUCCAUCUAAACCCAUGAGUGAUGCUGACAGGGAUGAAAUCUGCCUCUUCUUCAUUCGCAGACACUGCAGCUUCAAAGAGAAGUGUGUUCGUGUUCAUUGGCACCUACCUUACAGAUGGCAGGUUUUAGACAGUGAUCAUAAGACCUGGAAGGAUUUGCCUAAUAUGGAGGACAUUGAGAAGGCCUACUGUGACCCACGACUUGAAACAAGUGACAUGAAUCAACCAUUGCCCCUCUCAGGGCUUUUAAGUUUCCUUCGUCUUCAAAGCUCCGUACCCCCUGUCGUUCAGGCAGUUAACUUCAAGACGAUGACAUAUGAAGGGUCUCCAGUUCGUCGGCUGUCCACUGCCUCCUCUGUCUCAAAGCCCCCUCACUUCAUUCUUACAACAGAGUGGCUUUGGUACUGGAAGGAUGACACCGGGAAAUGGCUGGAGUUUGGACAGGGUGAUUUGGACACACCAGCCUCUGUCACUUCUGAAACUCUGGAGAAUGUGUACCUGGCAGACAGAGAUACAGAGAUUCCUUUCAGUGCUGGCAAUCAGAAGUAUAUUCUCCACCUCAAAGGCGAAGCAGGAACACAGCAGAUGUAUCAAGAGAACUUAAAAUACAAAACUAAGAGAGAGGUCAAGAGAAGGCCUCGCUUUGUGUCUGCUCAUGAUGUGAAGCUGAAGCUGGACAGUACAUCAUCACCCAGCUCCAAAUCCAGCUCCUCCACAGCUGAAUGUGUCCCAUCCCACUGGGACAAGAGCGCUCUACCUGAUUUUGGAUACAGGCUUCUACCCAUCUCCAAAUCUGUGAAGGACUAUGAUAUGAUCGAAAUGUUGUUUAAGCGCACUAUGCCUCAAAGUAAAAUUAACAGCAUCCAGAGGAUCCAGAACCCCUCACUGUGGAAAGUCUUUCAAUGGCAGAAAGACCAGAUGAAGUUGAGGAAUGGAGGGACAGAUGUGAAUCAGCUGUACUUGUUCCAUGGGACAGACGAGUCCCUGAUUGAGGCCAUCUGUGAGCAAAACUUUGACUGGAGGAUGUGCGGUGUCCAUGGCACGGCCUAUGGCAAAGGGAGCUAUUUUGCCAAAGAUGCGUCCUACUCAGACAGAUACGCCAGCAUCAAAAGAAGCAUGAACAAGAUCAUGUUUGUUGCUCUGGUCCUGGUGGGGGAGUACAGCAGAGGAAGGAGCAACUUUGUCCGACCCCCGCCAAAAGGAAAGGGUAUAACCCUCUAUGACAGUUGUGUUGACUCUGAGAGCAACCCCAGCAUCUAUGUUGUCUUUGAAAAACAACAGAUUUAUCCAGAGUAUGUUAUCGAUUACUCCUAAGUCAUACCGCUGUUGUUUCCUUUACUGAAGAUUUUAGUCUGGGAAAAACUAUUAUGGAAUGCUCUUUACUCUGACUAGUAGCAGCUAGUGGCUUUGUUAAAGGUUUGUGACGUUUUACAAUGGUGGUAGAAGUAUUUAGAUCCUUUACAAAAUGUAAGACUAAAUUCAAAAUCUUACUUUAGAUAAAGCACAGAAGUUUUAUCAAAUAAAUAUGCUUCAAGUAUUAAAAGUUAAAGCAGGACAAUGUUAAGGUGAUUUUAACUACUUUAUAUACUGUUGGGUGGUUUGAUCUAUAGCAAAGCAUUAUAUUCUAUAAACUGAUACUUACAAUAUUUCCCUCUGAAAUGUAGUGGAGUAGAAGUGUAAAUUAAGUGGGAUUUUUCACUGCUGGCAAAUUUAUAAUUAGCCAAAAAAUACACUUUUUACAUUUUAGAAUGUAUAUGAGCAGACUAUACUGCUUUUACAUAGAAAUAUGUUUAUGAUUGGUGGUGUCUGUUUUGUUGGUAGCGUGUGUUUUGUUGUGGUAUGAGGGCAACAAAAUGAUCUGGUGUUAACAUAUGGAAUGAAAUACACUUUGUUGAGUAAUAAACACAUUUUAAAAUGCCA